UUCUGGUAGUGGAAUUGCUAAAACUGGAUUUCGUAAGCAAUCAGUUAAAAUUGAAAUUAACAAAAAGGAAUUAAUUAAAAGCUAUAUUGAACUGGUCACCGAAGAAAGUAUUCCAUUUAAUGUGUUAGAUUCUAAAAGUAUGAAAAACAUUAUAGAUCCCAUCUGUCGUGGUUUGAGUGAAAAAAGCAACAAACCGUUUACCUUAAACAGCCGAAGUUGUAAAUGUGUUUUAAAACAAGUUGCAAAUAAUACAAGAGAGGAAGUCAAAAAAGAACUAAAUAAGCGCUUAAUAUCAUUAAAAAUCGAUAGUGCAUCUCGUCUAUCACGUAAUAUAUUUGCUCUUAGUGCUCAAUAUAUAAAUAAUUAUAAUAUCCAAUCAAGAAUUCUCGGAAUGGUUGAACUCAAGGGUGUUGCAUCAAGUUCUUCCCGAAAUAUUGCUGCUGAAAUUAUGAAAAUAUUGAGCAAAUAUGGUGUCGGUCUUAAUCAAGUUGUGUCUAUCACAUCUGAUAAUGGGGCAAACAUGAUUAAAUCAUCAAAAAUUUUAUCGCACUGCAGCGUUUUAAAAGAAGAUAGAGACGAUGUAGAUGAAGCCAAUGACGUUUAUUUGAAAAACAUAGAAAUGUUUAAUGACACAUUAAAAAUACAAAUGGGAGAUAUUGAGAUUUGCCGCUGUGCAGCACAUACUGCUCAACUUUGCGCAUUAGACAGCACUAAAGAUCCUGUAAUAAAAAGUUAUUUAAUGAACUGCCGAAAUUUGACUAAGUACAUAAAAAAAAAUUCCAACGGUUACCGUGAAAUUUUUGAACUAAAAAAAUUAGCCCUACCUCAACUGGAUUGCCCAACUAGAUGGGGUUCAACCUACAAUAUGAUUAAAAACAUAUAUAAUUCCAAAGAUGUAUUAGUUAACAUUGAGUCUGUAAAAAAUAAAUCGCAGGAUGAAAACUUUGAACUAAACGAUGACUUAUGGGCUUUUAUAAAAAGUUACUAUACAGUUUUUGAACCACUUCAAAAAACUAUUAUUAAAUUUCAAGCAGAAGCAUUGCAUUAUGGUGAUUUCUAUGCACAAUGGCUAAGAUGCAAACUUUUAACAGAAAAAAUUUUGCAAACACAUGAUGAUUCGUUGUCUCACACAAUUGGAAAAAAUCUGCUUCGCAACAUAGAAAUUAGGACGUCCAAGUUGCUAACAAAUGAUAGUCUAAAUGCUUGUUUAUUUUUGGAUCCACGUUUCAAUCACACCUUAACAGCGGAUAAAAGAGCAGACGCAAUCACCUAUUUGAAAAAACUUUAUGACAGGCUAAAAGAAAUGGGAUGCAUUAAAUCCGACAAAACAAAUUCGUUCAAUAACACAUCAGUCAGAUUGAAUGAAGAGCAUCGCGAAGAUGAAGACGAAUAUAUAAAUGCAUACCUUUGCCAAAACUUGGAGGCCAGAAAUGACGAUGACAUCGAUGUAUACAGCAAAAUUGAAAACUUGAAAUUAUCUUUUCAAAGAAUCAGCACAAACGUACUCGAAUUCUGGAAAGAGAGGCAAUUCGCUGAUCCGGAACUGUAUGCGCUCACUAAUAUAUGCUUUGCGGUACCUCCAACGCAGGUUACCAUUGAAAGGGCAUUUUCAUCCCUAAAGUUGAUACUAACGGAUAACCGCAACCGACUGGGCCAGGAUAUGUUAGAGGACAUCCUAAUUGUUAAGCUAAACCCGAUGUAUUUAGAUAAAGCAGUUAACGAAUUGUCCCUCUUUGAAGAUAUGGAUGGAAUAAUGGAUUCGGUGGACUAA